UUCUUCUUUUGUUUAAUGAAAAAAAAAAUCAUUAAACUUUUCAUUCAUAAAAUUCGUAACCGACAAAUUGCGCUCCGAUCAGGCGUUCGAAUUCAUGCCUGUCGUCUCGAAACAUAUUCCUCGACUUACGACACGCGUCGCUUAUCCUACAGUGGCGCUCACGUCUAUAUACUACAUAGCACAACUUUCGAUAAUUCUUCCGGUUUCCCUUGCGGUUGUAUCUCCCAUCAUCGGAGACGAGACAGCAAAAUGAAGUUCAACAAACUGGUAUCCUUCUCGAGGAGGAAAAACCGCAAGAGGCAUUUUACCGCACCUUCUCAUAUACGACGUCGUUUAAUGUCCGCUCCACUCUCGAAAGAGCUUCGCCUCAAGUACAACGUGCGUUCCAUGCCCAUCCGUAAAGACGAUGAAGUCCAGGUAGUGAGAGGACAUUACAAGGGUCAGCAAGUGGGCAAGGUAAUCCAGGUGUAUAGAAAGAAAUUUGUUAUAUACAUCGAGAGGAUCCAGAGAGAAAAAGCCAACAGCGCCAGUGUGUAUGUCGGCAUCGAUCCUUCCAAGACUGUCAUCGUAAAACUGAAGAUGGACAAGGACCGUAAAAAGAUCAUAGACAGACGUAGCAAGGGUCGUCUGGCUGCAUUGGGCAAGGACAAGGGCAAGUAUACCGAGGAAACUACAGCUGCUAUGGAGAGCUCGUAAAUGUCUUGUGUCUGUCACAUGUUUACAAAUAAAAACUAAAAAACCACAAAAAAAUUGAAACAAAA